CAAUUGCUCUCUCCCUCUCCCUCUCGCUCUCGAUUUCAAUUUUAAUAGACUACUCUGCACAAAUUUGGUAUUUUCAAGUUAAUAUCGCCUUUGCUGUGACUUAUCAACGCCAGUAAACAAUUGUCUGUCAUCACUAGCGCAAUGUUCUACGCUUGCCAGUUUCUAAGUCAAAUUAUUCGAAUGCUGACUUAAUUUUGUAAAAAAACAUAAUAACGAACUAUUUAUUUUAAGACACUUUACAUGUAGUCUAAACAUUUUCGAACUUUAAUCGAUUGAAUUGUAGAACAAAACUUGUUUAAACAGCUGAUUUUGCUGGCAAUACGAAGACGACGGGUGUUAGUUCGUGUGUGCAGUGUUUUAGAUUGUGAAGGCAAAACUAUGAAAAAUUGAAGUCAAUUUAUCAUAAAAAAUAUUUAACAAAAAACUAAAAUCGCGAAAAAAAAAUAUAAUAUAUUAGGCCUAUGCAACAAAGUUGCAAACAAUUUAUAAAGAAGUGCGAAAAAUAAAAGAAAACAAAGGUUUACAAAACACAAUAUUGUUGCUGUCAUCAUAGACAUUAGCAACAGCAACAGACGCAAAAAAAUUGGAAAAAAAACUUAAGCAACAGCAAAAUUGGCGCAUGCGCUUCGGUGUACAAUUUAACGGUGUAGCAGAUUAUCGCAGUGUUUUGUAACGAACAAAACGAGCAACUAUCCAUUAGCGUUGCUUUUCGCCUAAUCACCUGUAAAGCCACUCCACCAAAAAAAUACAAAAAUAACAACAACAAAUAAUUUUAACAAAAAUGUUUUAGCACAGCAAUUUAUAAAAUGCUCAACUGUGUAAAACUGUAAACAGCAACAAGCAAGAAGUUAAUACUUGUGUCAUGCAAACAACAGCAACAACAACAAUAAUAGCAAUAGACUUGCGAAUGACAAAGCUAAGUUUCGCUUAACACUUGGUCACAGCAAAUUGUGACAUUCGCUAAAGCAAAAGUGCGGUAGAAGGCUUUAAGCAAGAAAAACAUAAUCAAAAGUAAAAAAAAUUAUGAAAAAAUAAAAUAAAAAUCGUUAAAGAAAAAAAUAAUAAAAAUUAAAAAAAAAAAUAAAAUAAAAAAUUUAAAAUAAAUUAAAAAACAACAAAAAUCUUUAAAAACUAACACAUAAAAAAUUGCAAAGUUUCUAAAAAAGCAAAAGCAACACACAAAUUAUAAUUUACAAGUGCAAAAAAUAAUUGCAAAACUUGCGAAAAUUAAAAACAAAUUGCAAUAAUUAUUAAAGUUUGUUAAACCGUUUUUUUUUUCUAUUAUAAAUGUGUGACAACAAUUGAAAGCGAAAAUUGUGAAAGAAACAAAAAGCAAAAAAAUUACACAAAACAAAACAAAAAUUAAAAACCUAAUAAAAAAUAAUAACAACAACAAAAAACGCCGAAAAAGCUAAACACAACAUUGACUCACGUGCCCCCAUUGAACGUUCGAACUCACACCGCCGCCGUCAUUCCAUCGCCGGCCACUACUAAAGCAUUGAGUUGAUCGCGCGCACGUGCCUUCUUCACUCAAUGAUCAUCGCUUCGUUUGUGUUUGCUGCCGCUUCUUGUUUUUUUCUUCCCCUUCUGUGCUUCUCUUGACUUUUUCUGCGGCACUUCUGCUGCCGUGCUUGUGCUGCAUGCAGUUGCUGUGGCAGCAGUCGUUUGAGUUUUUUGGCAACAAAAAACAACAAAAUUAAAUAACAACAAAUAAAUAGAGAACAACAGUUAGUGCAACAAGCAGCAACGUAUAGUCGUCUGGCGUACAGUAAAGUGCAGACAAUUCGUCGCUUGUCAGCUGCAUAGUGCUUUUUGAGCGCUAUUAAGUCAAUACAACUACAACGCGCUACAAUAAACAUAGAAACCAAAAGUGACAGCUGCUUUACUACGAAUCUCGAAAUCGAUAAUUUUUCAAGUUCUUAACAAAGCGUGCGCGUAAACUUAAAAAAAAAAAAUAAUAAUAAUCAAACAUUAAUAAACGUUUUAUGAGCAACACCUGCUAUCUUCGACACACUUUUAAGCAAUAUAUGAAGUCGUUGACCUUGCAGUUCAUCGCGUUACUUCCGCUGCUGUCGCUGUUGUUGUUGUUGCUACUAACACAACACGGCCCACAUAUGGUUGAUGCAGCGGCGGAAGGGGAGCGCACAACUUCCGCUCACAACAGUAAACGUUCAACGUCGACAACAACACAACAGCCACCAUCAUUGCGUGCACCACGUCUGAUGCGCACACUUCGCCCCACCACCGUGAUGACGCAUCCGACAGCGAGAACAAAAACAACUAUAGUGCAAACUGGAACACCGGCAGCGUCGAGGCAGCAAACAGCGGCGCGUCGUGCGGCGCCCAACUUCAGUGCCGCCACUGCAGUAACGGCACCGCCAUCAGCGCAUCGCCCGACUCGCGGCGCUGCGGAGAGCGCGCCGUCUAAUGUGCGCCAAAAUCGUAGCUUUCUGAGCUCCGCCGCGACACAGAGCAUACACAACAACGGUAAUGCAGAAGCAGUGGCGCCGCUCGGUAGGAGUGCUGAUGUCGGCAAGACAAACAAACAAAUUAUUGACAAUCGCCAAAUAAAGCGUGCCCCAUACAAGAGCAACAAUAAUGCAGGCCAACAACAACAACAGCAACAAGUGAGUAACACUGACAAUCAUCAAAAUGCCAACGUCGACAAUGUAGCGCGCACGAGCGCUGUCGCAAGCGCAACGAAAGUGCCGCCAACGGCUUCAUUGUCGCCAUCCGUGACGUCUACACCGAAGACUGCCAGCGCUGGCGGUGCAAGUAUAACGUCAUCAAUCGAUGCGAAAGCAAGCGUUGCGAUGACGAAUCAUCACAAUCGGCCGCCACUCCAACAGCAACAGCGCCAGUCAAAACAAAUCGCCAACUUUGCGGCGCGAACCAAUGUGCAACGCGGCGAAACGCCGACACUGCAGACAGACAACAAUCUGGCUGGCACGGCGAAUUCGACGCGUCUGCCGCAGACACCAAAAUCACCACGCAUGAUCCAUCGUCUAGUAGCGGGGCACAUACAAAAUGCGGAAGGACGUUCCACCUAUCAGGUUUCUGCCAUCUCCGCAAACAGCACAAUUAGUAAUUCAACAACUAACAAGCCCGCAUAUCAAUAUGUGCGUACCAAAGGGGGACAAUUGGCGAUGAGCAGUUCGUAUCGUUUAACAAAAGUGAGCACAACGUCGGCGACACCAACUAAUACCGCUACAACUACAACGGCGACUCCAACGCAUACGAAAACAGAUCGCCAGGACUCCACAUUGAAUGAUGAAGACAACACAGAUGAUGAAGCGUUGUUGGAAGAUGAUGGUGAUUUCGAUAAUUGGGACAAUGGUAUAUUGCGUCUUAGCGCCGGCUCAGGUAAAGAGAACACAGUUAACUCGAAGAAAAGUAAAGAUGAAGCAAAGAAGACACUGUCUGAUCAAGUACGUGAUGGCAAAUAUGGUCUUAUAGAAAAAGAACUAUUCCGACGACCACCCAAAAGACCUGGUGUCAUUAGUUACUUGCCGAAUAAGGAGACCCCACUCGAUAAUGAACGCACUUUUGGUGGUCUAAAUGAAGAGGAUAUUUGGUUGGCUGAGGAUCAUUUGCUUGUAAUCAAGGGUGGUAAUCUCAAUGAGGGCGAACCGGAUGAACCGUGGCCGCCUAUCGACGAUUACGAUGCGCCCGGUCGACAAAUCAAAAUACCACCGAAUCCAAAAGUCCCGCCACCAUUUCCCGUCCAGCUCGAGGAGAAUGGCCCGCUACAGUUUAUCGGAAAUAAUAAAUUCACGGUCGUCUAUCCGAUCGCUAACGAAUCGAUACCAGUUUAUCCCGCCGGCGCGGAAGCCAACUACCCAUCCUCCGAAAGUGACAGUGACAACGAGAAGAAUCUUCUUACCCGGCCGGGAACGGCUCAAGAUGUUGCGCAAGGUGAACCGGGUUACAACUACCCGGAACCCUCACCGCCGUGGCUUUAUCACAACCAAACGUUCGUGAAUCCGUUCUUGAAUAACGCACGGCCAAUUACAUUCCCAAAUCUGGGACCAUUCCCCUUAGCACAUAACGGUUCGUUGGACAAUUCAAAUGGCACUGAUUAUUUCGACGAAGAUGAUCCCUCAUUGUAUUAUCCACCUGCAUAUACUUUCGUCUAUAAAAGUAACUACUCAAAUCCAGUACCACCAGGUCCAUUAGUGCCAGGAAUUGUAUUACCACCACCAGCCAAUCAAUUUAGUCGUUUGGAGAAACCAGAAAAGGUACAUACGCCUUCAAGACAGCGCGGUUAUGGCACACCUUCGACGUCUACCAGCACAUCAACCACAACUACAAGCACUAGCACCACUUCAACAACCACCACCUCAACCACAACCGAAGCGCCCUACCGGCAAAAAGUUAUCACAAAAAUACAUCAAUAUUCUCCCAAGACGAUUAUCAUUACACCGGAGCCACCACGUGUUGUUCAACAUGUACAACCGAGCAAACCAUCACCACCACCGGCACCCACACCGACUGCCUCGCCACCGGAAAUCAUUCAAGCCAUACCUGUGCCCGUGGCAGUACACAUACCCAUCUUUCCAUCCCACAAAUAUCCGCAAUCACGUCCAAAUGCCAUCGCUUAUGAAGCCACCACACCGCGUAAUAACCAGGAAACGCUCUUGAAAUCCAACCCCAUCUACUAUGAAUACUUUGAGGCUAAACGUCAGCCUAAUGGUGUUACUACAAAUGUUAUCGAUGAUUUCCUCUCCACCACCGAAAAGCCGGUAUUGGCUAAGCCAAUAAAAUUGUACGCGACCAGCAAGCGACCCUUCAAAUCCCAGCCGCAAAACCAACGCAACUUCUUACCGCCACAGCUGCAGCCACAACGCCAAUAUUUGCCACAAGAUGUGGUCUACAUCACACCAAAACCGGAGGCAGUGCGUUACAAGCGACCACCACAAGUGCCGAUCGAGCCAACCGUCUACAAACCACGUCCGCUGGAGAACUUUGAAGAGGAGGUGAAUGCGAUACGCGAAACGCUGCGUUACUACCAAAAUCAACAGCUACGUGACAACAACAUACCACGCACACCAAAAGCCAAACCCAUUUACGAGUACAAUUUCGAUGCGACAAAGAAUUUAGAGCCGGCGCAACCCACUGCGGGCGCUGAAGAUUUCCAACCACCAGCGGAAUAUGAUGAAGCGCCGUUCAAACCGAUGGUCACCUACAGUCCACCGGUGGAUGAUGAGAAUUCAUUCCACGCCAUCAAUAUAGAGAAGGCGAAUGCACAGCAACAACAGCAACAGGAGCAAUAUGUAGAACAACAACAGCAGGAGCAAUACUCGCAACAACAGCAACAACCGCGUUAUCAGUCCACCACCACACUCGUGCCAAUACAACCCGAUACGCCCUAUCAGCAAAUACCGCAAGGCCGUGUGAAGAAAUUACGCUUGGGCGCGAAAUACUUGCAACAAACACCACUUCUACCCGAAUACCGCUCGGCCGAGCCAGAACUGCGUUCAUAUCCAGGCAACCAACGCACACAUGUCACCACGCAAGCGCCAUGGGUUUCAUUGAGUCAACAACAAGAGCUGAAUGAGUACGCGCAACCGCCACAGUAUCAGCGCAUUGAGCGUCCCCCACCAGCCUUCUCACCGAAACAACGCGGCUUCAACGGCUACUACUAUGGCGGUCCGACGCUGCAUGCGCGCCAAAAUAAUCGCUUCUACGAAGAGCCCUUCCAACAGCGGCGCGUCAUUAAUUACCGACAACCACCGCCACCGCCGCAGCCCAAUUAUCCGCAGCAGCAGCAGCAACAAACGCUGUGGAGUUUAGAGAAUGAUACAUAUGUGAAUUAUGCACCGAAUCGGCCGCCGCUCAAUCCGGACGCGGAAUAUAUAAACCCCUAUCAACCAGCGCCUUUUCCGGCGCAAUUGCAGCGUUAUACGGCGCAACAACAACAGCAACAACACGGUCCAGCACUUUCGCAUCAAUCGCAAUACUAUGCGCCACCACAACUACAACAACAACAACAGCAGCAGCAACAACAAUUGCCGCCACCCCGCCAAUACCAACAACCACAAAUUCCACUGCAUCGUGACAUAUUGGUGAACUACCGCCAGCCAUUGCCGCCCAUCAAUCCCGACAGUGAAUACAUUUCACAUCCACAAGUGGUGCGGCCACAAGCCUACUCACCGCCGCCCAUAUAUCGAUCGAACGCUGGGUUUCAGCGUCUGCCGCCGCAAUUGACGGCGACGGGCGAACAGGAUGGACUCUAUUACAUCGCGCCGAAAUAUCGACGUUCCAAUAAUAGCAAUGGCAAUGGCAGAAGCAAUCAUGAAAAUAGCAACAACAACAACAACAGCAAUAAUGAAAACAAAAAUAACAAUGAAGCGGACAGCAGCGGCAGCAGCAACAGCCAGGGUAGUCAAAGUCGUGGCGACGACGCAGGCAAAACGAAUGCACAAAACACAAAUGCGAAAACGUCAACGCCAACACGCAGCAAUAACGGUAAUAUUAAUCACUAAAGAAAAAAGCGUAAAAGUGAUAGGAAAGCUAAAAAAAGGAUUGAUUUGUGGUGUAAGUGUCGGCAGUCGACCAAGCAAAGCGGGUGUGUCAUUGGCUGAGUGGGUCGAUUUGAUGGAGAGUGCUUCUGUGUGCGCUCUUAUGCGUUACUGUGCGUUCGCUUAUACGAAUGUCUAAUUUAAUGGUACACAAAUGUAUUUGCCAAUUUACGAAUUGCUCAUUAGCGCUAAGCAAAUUGUAUUUUACCAACUAUCAACAGCGGGAAAGCCUAGCAGCGGAGUGUUUGUCAAAUUGUAAGCGUUUCGAAUUGCCACAGCGUCAGCGCUUUGUUUGUUGUUGUGGGCGUCGUAGGCAGUAGGAGUGUGUAUCAAUAUUGACACAUUCACCUUUGUUUGCUUUCACAUAUUUAGGUCAUUAAAUUUGAGUACUAUCUCUCUCUUUCUUAUACUAAUUUUAGUGAUUCUAAUAUGUGUGUGAUCCAAGUAUCUUUCGAAAUCUACCAAUAUUUUCAUAAUCAAUUAAUUCUAAAUUCCGACAAACCAAAAUGAAGGAAAUUAGUAAAAUUUUCAGUAGAGUUAUUCAUAAAUUCAGCGUCUCCUUGAGCGAUUUGUUUGAUCUAACAUUUAUUUUAGCUGAAUUUUCCUUUAGAUAAUAAAUCUAUCAUUGUCUUCAUUUUGAUAGUCUGCAUUUAGAAUUUAUUGAUUUCGAUUGCCUAGAUUAUCUUAUAAUACAUAAAUUGUUCGCGAAAUAUCAUAUACUCGGUUACUUGCCUUUACCUUGUUAUACAAGGUGUGUUCAAAAAAUAACGGGAAUUUUUUUUUCACAAAAAUAUUUAUUCAUUCGUUUACAUUAAUAUUGUCGCCUUCGAAAUAAUUCCCCUUCAAUAUUACGCGCUUUUUCCAAUCGUCGAAACAUUUCUCAAACUCAAGUUUUGGUAUAGAUAUUGAUGAUCUUUCAGCGAUUUCUCGUAUUCUUGUUAAACGACUUAAAGGCCUUUAACCCUCUGUUGAUCAAGACCAAAAGAAAUCGUUUUUUUUUUUAAUUUAUCUUCACAAUAGAACAAAAUCAAAUUUCAGUGACCCUCUAAGACAAAAAUAUAAAAUAUUUGACAAAUAGUGUCGUUUAUGAUGUUUUUUUUUGUAGUACAGUUUUAUUUUGUAGUGCCGUUGGUCAUCAAGUUAUCAAAAAUUCAACCGUUCCAUUUUAAAGAGCAAAAAGUAGCAAUCAGCUGAUCAACAUGGUACUUGAAAGUCCCGUCGGAAGACAAAGAGUUAAGAUUCGCUCUAUUUUUGAAAAUAAUAAAAAGUUGCACGGCUAAGUGAAUAUGGAAGCUGGGGCAUAGGUACUGUAUUGUUUCUGGCCAAGAGUUAUAACAAUAAUAUCGUACUUUAGUGGAUGUAUAAUAAUAUAAUAAAGAAAAUUUUCAAUUGGUGUCUCCAAAUCCGUGAAAAUUAAAAUUUACAAUUCCCUUUAUUUUUUUAACACACCACGUAAUUAUUAAAUUUAGCUAUUCCUAAUUAUUCCAAAAUUAUUUCGAAUAGUUUAACCACUUGUAUAUAGUUAAAAUUUUUAUUUGCUGCGAUUUUUCCAUUUACUUGAAAUAUUUAGAAAUAUCCUUAAACAUUUUAAACUAGUUGACGCGAACGAAUUUUUAUUAAAAGCGAUCAAUUUGUAUAGUUUAACCAUUUUUUUUUCGAACAUUAUUUACACGAAAUUAUCAUCAACUAAAACUAUCUAUUUAUGAAUAUUUUCAACAAAUAUUGUUAACACCUUCAUCGCAUUUUAUAGUUGAUUCACAAUUUUUUUUAAUUCUUUUCAUUUCUAAUAUUUUCAAGCGCUUAAAACUUUCUUCUAAGAAAAAAAUUUGUUGUUAAAUCGAUAAUUUCUACCGGAGAAAUCUCCAGCAAAUAGACGCGGACAGAUUUUGAUCCAUUUCGUUCGAUAAUUUCUUAUAAAAUUUUAUUAUCUCUCUCUCACUCUCUGAUGAACAUUUGAACAUUAUUGUUUAAGAAAUAUUUACUUAGUCUUUUUUUGGUAAAAUAGUAGGCUCUAUAUAAUAUAUGUGCCGAUAAUUUUGUUAUUUUUGAAAAACACUAAAUCCAUUAUUUGGACAGCUUAUUCAAAACUGUACUAAUUGAUGUAGGGCUGUGCGAUUUAUAACUAUUAAAAAUAGAUACAUUUAUUUUCUUAUUACAAAAAAUUUAUGAUAAAUAUUUCUUUAAAUUAAACGAAACUUAAGCUUAAACAAAAAUAUUAAAUUAAAUAUUAUUAAAUUUAUCUAAUAACAAUGACCCUUCAAAUUACCCAUAAAGCAAAAUUGUAUAGUAAAUGCGUUUUAGUAUAAAAAAUUAAUUAGUACUAAGCUCUUUUGUAAUAAUUUUGUUGUUGCUAAUAAGUAAGAGAUCAAUCAAUUUGGUUAUAUGUAGAAUAAUCGCACAGUCCUCAUGUCUUUUAGUAGAGAAGAACAAAUAAAUAUGUUUCUAAGUAAUUUCAACCGAAGUUAAGAUUAACUUUUUUGCAAAAAUAACUUCUCCAUCUGGGCUAUUUUCUGCCAUACAAUAUUUGAAAAUUUAUUUUACUAUUCCAGGCGAAGAUUUUUGAUACAUUUUAACCAUCAAUUUAUCUAGAAAUUUUGUUUAUGACUUAAAUAAAUUUAUUUUUAUAUAAUUUAUUAGCAUCAGACCAUUUAUAGUACUCGUAUCAUAACGCAAACCAUCUAGAAAGAGCAAAAUAAAGUAUACAUAUAAUGGGCCUAAUCAUUGAAUCUGUUUCGA